GCCACAGCCCAUUUUCUCGGGUUACUCCUAUAAACGCCGUCGGCUCGUCCCGAGACGAACGGCGACUGCUUUCCAUUCCACCUGGGGCUCGGGCGCGACCAACGACGGACGAGCAGCAACAAUGCUCCGCCUCUCCCGCUUCCUCCCCUCCACCUCCAGGGGAGUCACUGACCUAAAAGAUGUUCUCUGGAGCGGUUCGUUGACAUUCAAGCAUGCGCUUUCGACUUCAGCUGCAAAUGUUGAUGAGAAUGCAUCUGUUAAAAAGUAUGCGAGCUACACUGUGUUCAAGGGAAAGGCUGCACUUUCUAUAAGUCCUAUCCUUCCUUUAUUCACCAAAGUCGAAUCUGGAGGAUCUCGAGUGGACAGGAAUGGGUCAGUAAUGUUGACCUUUUUCCCGGCAGUUGGACAAAGGAAGUACGACUAUACAAAGAAACAGCUCUUUGCUCUGUCACCUACUGAAGUUGGGAGCUUGAUAAGUCUUGGGCCUGCUGAAUCAUGCGAAUUCUUCCAUGAUCCUUCCAUGAAAUCAAGUCAUGAAGGCCAAGUGAAAAAGUCAUUGUCAAUUACUCCUCUUGGCAGUGACAAUGGAUACUUCGUUAACAUAACUGUUCUGAAUAAUGUGCAGAAGACCAACGAACGCCUUUCAGUCCCUGUAACAAAAGCUGAAUUUGCAGUUAUGCGCACGGCAUUGAGUUUUGCAUUGCCGCACAUCAUGGGUUGGGACCAGGCCCUAUCGACUCACCCUCAAAGCACCUCGACCUCAGCUAGCAAGCCUAGGUUCGAGCAGCCAAAUCCAGCUUCGGAGUGGGACAGGUGAAGCUUUCCCCCUAGCAGCAGAUCGCCGGAGGGCUCUAAACACCGCCACAGGUCGCCAGUGAAAUGUGUGGAGAUGUGGGAUGUUGAACUGUGUUUCUUUUGUGAUCAAACUAGGGAACUUUCAUCAGAUUUUAUGGUACCCAAGGAGAUUGAAGUUAGGAUGAAAGCACCAUGAAACCUCUUGUGUCUGUUCAGUGCACGUCUAGAUUCAUGGCGAAUGUCUAUUCUAGUUUAAGCUAUAACUUGCGUUUGAUGUCCUCAGUGGCUGUUCAA